AGUUGAAAUCGUACAGACCAGCAAAUCAUUUGCUUUCGGUACUGCCAUUGCUUGUGAUGAAUAUUACCAUGGUGAUCACAGAUAUCAAAAUUUUAUCAAUCAGCAUUUUAAUUGGGCGGUAACUGAGAACUGUCUCAAGUGGGACCAGAUGGAAUCACAAAAGGGUCAUAUCAAUUACGAUAGAGCGAUACGAGCAGUUCGAAAACUUCGACAACACGGAAUCAACGUUCGGGCACACAACAUCGUUUGGUCAGACGCCAGUCAAAUUCAGAACUGGGUAAAAGCGCUUUCAGGAAAUGACCUAAGACAGGCUGUCUCUGAUAGAAUUGUGGGCGUGGUCUCCAGGACGAAGGACCUCGUGCAACACUGGGAUGUGAACAACGAAAACCUUCACAACUUCUACUUCCAAAACAAACUCCAGGACAUGGACUACAAUCUGGACAUAUUCCGUCAAGCUCACCAGGCGGGUCCAAACGUCAAGAUGUUCCUCAACGAAUAUGACGUGGUGGCUGGAGGCGGAAUGACAGGGGCGUACCUGACUCAAGCUCUGAAAUUCAAGCAUGCUAAUGUUGGACUGUAUGGCAUAGGAGUACAAUGUCAUUUCUCCAAGGAAACAACUCCAGACCCAGCACUGAUCAAGAAACACCUUGAUACACUCGCCCAAGCCGGUCUUCCAAUUUGGGUCACCGAGUUUGAUGUUCAGUUUAACGACGAACAUAAACGGGCAGACGCCUAUGAAACGGCUCUGAGAGUCUUCUAUAGCCACCCUGCAGUAGAAGGAAUCCUGUUUUGGGGUUUCUGGAGUCAGCAUCAUUGGCGUGGAGAAGCAGGUUCACUAGUUAGCGGACCAACAUUUAGACUGAACGCCGCUGGCCAUAGAGUGCUGCAUCUGCUUGAGAAGGAGUGGAUGACUCACGAGAGACACACUCUGUCUCAGUCUGGAAAACACUUCACAGUGCACGGUUUCCACGGGCACUACGAGGUGCGCGUCACGUACAGGGGACACGACGUCACCGACCAGAGACAGACGUUCACUCUCGGCAAAUCUUCACACACCGUCAACCUGCACGUCUCGCAUUAGUCGCGUUGGUUAUGAAAUAAAAUUACUUAUAGUUA